UGAACCGAGAUCAGGAUGGCCGGUUCAGGAUUCGAAACACGGGAGGGACGGACUCUGGACCUCGCCGCACGGGGCCGUUAUCGGGCGAGCAGCAGCCUGCAGGGUUACCGCCGGCAGUCGCGCGAGCGGCGGCGACGACGAGGGGGGCCAGAUGGAGUUCGCGACGGGCGGGCUGGCGGCCGUGUGCGCCGGCUUCUUCACCAACCCGCUGGAGGUGGUCAAGACGCGGCUGCAGCUGCAGGGGGAGCUGCGGGCCAGAGGGAUGUACGCCGUGCACUACAGGGGCUUCUUCCACGCGUUCAGCGCCGUGGCGCGCGCGGACGGCCUGCUGGCGCUGCAGAAGGGGCUGGUGCCCGGGCUGUGGUACCAGCUGGCGCUCAACGGCACGCGCCUGGGGCUGUACCAGGCGGCCGACGACCGCGGCUGGACGCGCGACCCCGCCGGCCACGUGUCGCUCCUGAAGGCCGGGACCGUUGCCGCCGUCACGGGCUGCGCCGGCGGCUACGUGGGCAGCCCCUUCUACCUGGUGAAGACGCACCUGCAGGCGCAGGCGGCGGACAGCGUGGCCGUGGGACACCAGCACGGACACUCCGGCAUGACGCAGGGCCUGAGGCACGUCUACCAACAGCACGGCGUGGCGGGGCUGUGGCGAGGGGUGCUGGGCGCCAUGCCGCGCUCCGCAGUCGGCUCCUUCUCGCAGCUCGUGUCCUUCGCCUACUGCAAGCAGUGGCUGUCCCGCUACCAGGUGCGUGGAAGGUCCUCCAACUCCAGUGGCUGUCCCGCUACCAGGUGCGUGGAAGGUCCUCCAGCUCCAGUGGCUGUCCCGCUACCAGGUGCGUGGAAGGUCCUCCAACUCCAGUGGCUGUCCCGCUACCAGGUGCGUGGAAGGUCCUCCAGCUCCAGUGGCUGUCCCGCUACCAGGUGCGUGGAAGGUCCUCCAACUCCAGUGGCUGUCCCGCUACCAGGUGCGUGGAAGGUCCUCCAACUCCAGUGGCUGUCCCGCUACCAGGUGCGUGGAAGGUCCUCCAGCUCCAGUGGCUGUCCCGCUACCAGGUGCGUGGAAGGUCCUCCAGCUCCAGUGGCUGUCCCGCUACCAGGUGCGUGGAAGGUCCUCCAGCUCCAGUGGCUGUCCCGCUACCAGGUGCGUGGAAGGUCCUCCAGCUCCAGUGGCUGUCCCGCUACCAGGUGCGUGGAAGGUCCUCCAACUCCAGUGGCUGUCCCGCUACCAGGUGCGUGGAAGGUCCUCCAGCUCCAGUGGCUGUCCCGCUACCAGGUGCGUGGAAGGUCCUCCAACUCCAGUGGCUGUCCCGCUACCAGGUGCGUGGAAGGUCCUCCAACUCCAGUGGCUGUCCCGCUACCAGGUGCGUGGAAGGUCCUCCAGCUCCAGUGGCUGUCCCGCUACCAGGUGCGUGGAAGGUCCUCCAACUCCAGUGGCUGUCCCGCUACCAGGUGCGUGGAAGGUCCUCCAGCUCCAGUGGCUGUCCCGCUACCAGGUGCGUGGAAGGUCCUCCAGCUCCAGUGGCUGUCCCGCUACCAGGUGUUCCAGGAGAAUCCUCUGCUCAACUCGUUCGCCUCCAGCAUGACGAGCGGCGUGUCCAUCUCGCUGUGCAUGACGCCGGCCGACGUCAUCAUGACGCGUCUCUACAACCAAGGCGUGGACGCGAACGGCAAGGGACUUCUCUACAAGGGCGUCUGGGACUGCGCCGUGAAGAUAUGGCGAAGCGAAGGCAUCUACGGCUUCUACAAGGGCCUAGUUCCGAGCUACGUCCGCCUGGGCCCUCACACCGUGCUGUGCUUCGUGUUUUGGGACUUCUUCAAAGACCUGGAGCGGAAGACUUUCCACGAGGAAGCGGCAGCGGGGAAACAAGUGCAAAACCUCCGCAGUGAUGACGGUUGAGCGCCAAAUGUACGACUCCGUAAAAAAAUAUGGGAAAAAAAGGCGGGGGAGGGUUGUUGCUGCUGUGAUGAUUGCGAAAGAACCGAGGCAGCAGAUGAAAAUAAUCUUCCUUGAAGGAAUUUAGAAAGUGGAAAGAAUGUAUAAAAUUUCAUAAAAUUGUUCAAUGUUGAUGUUCUAUGUGUAUGUUUGCUGAAUAAAAAAAAAACUAGUUAAUGAUUAUAAAAUAAUUAAAUUGUUAAAACU